AUGUUACACCACCGGCCCGCACACCACACCCCAAGCACGGGCAGACGGUGUGCCUCAACCCCAGACCACCGCACGCGGGUCGUGAACACUCCAGAACAGCAAGACACACCACGAGGCCACACUCCCCAAGCGACUUUUGAGAACGGCACGCCUCAGGGUGGCGUCCUGAGCCCCGUGCUGUUCAAUCUGCUCGUCGAGAAGUUGGCGGCCCUUCCGACGAGCGGAACUGCAAGAGUCCUAUCGUAUGCGGACGAUGUGGCCCUGGUGGUGUGGGGCCCCAACCAGGUGGCCUGCGCCCGCCAGCUCCUCCGCCGGCUGACUCAGACGUGCGCCGCCCUAGGGCUGGUCGUCAACAGGACUAAGACAAAGGCCAUGGCCUUCCGCCACGGCCACCUUCCUGAGCCCUUCGACCUCGAGGGUACGCCCGUGCCGUGGGUGCACACUUACAAGUACCUCGGGGUCACUGUUGACUCCAGCCUGUCCUUUGGCCCGCACAUCGCCCGUGUGCGGGACGAGGUACGGCGGCGCACUAAUGUGAUGAGGGCCCUUGCCAGAACAGCGGGUGGGUCUGGGGACAGGGUCCUGCGGACUUUCUACAUCCAGGGCGUUCGGUCCUGUAUUGAUUACGGGACGCCGUGCCUGCUGACGGUGGGUCCGGCGGCGCUUAGGCCGCUGGAGACAGCUCAGAACGCCGCCCUCCGCGUCAUCGUUGGCGCCCCCAUGUGGACGAAAUGCGUGUGCCUCCGGGCGGAGGCACGCGUGUGCAGCGUCGCCGCGAGAGUCACCCAACUCUCAGUGGGGCAUCUGGCGGCGCUGCUCAGAUGCAUGGGGGCGGAGCAGCUCCGCGCCUCCGUCGGGCAGGCCCUCCUGCAGGACCCUCUCCUGUUCCGCAAGAGAACGUGGGCGACUGUGGCGGCGGCCACGAUUCGCAAUAGCGGACUCCCCCACGCCCUUGUGACGGCUGUGGACGCCCCCCACCCCACCUACGUUGCCCGCCCCCCGUGGGAGCCGCCUGCCUUAACAGCCACCAUACGGCCGCUCGCCAAAAGGAAGGCCCUCCUCACCCCUCUGGAGUUGGCCAGGGAGGCAGACAGCAGAGAGCGGGAAGCAGCGCACCCUGGAGCCUCCGUGUACUUCACGGACGGCUCCGUCAACCACCAGACGGGGGCUGUCGGCGCUGCUUUUGUGUGCGGUGGGGUCACUGCUGUAUUUCGUCUGCCAGACGGUUGUUCCUCCACCCAGGCUGAGCUGGCAGCCAUUGGCGGGGCGCUGGAUCAUGCAGUGGAAGGGGGUCGGGGCCCUGUCUUGAUCCACUGCGAUUCAGUCCCUGCCAUCCGCUCUCUGCUUCAGGACCCCCCGCGCGACAACGUGUCUCUCCUCACCUCCAUCCUUGCGAGGCUGGCAGAGUUGAGAGGAGCGGGGCGCCCAGUAAAGGUUAACUGGUUGCCCAGCCACUCGGGCGUGGCAGGCAACGAGGCGGCGGACGGCGCUGCUGCUGAGGCAACGCUCCUGCCUGCUGUCACGCGGCCUGUUGUGGUUAGCAUUGCCCAAGUGAAAAGGGACAUGGCCGCACGAUCUGCUACUGGGGUCGUCAGGGAGCUGGAGGAGGCCCUGGCUGCGGGCUCGCCGUCCGCGUUUUGGUACUCGGCGGCCACUAACACCGGCGCCCGCCAGCUACCGCCAAAUCUGCCGAGACGGGAGACAUCCAACAUCCGCCGCCUCCGUCUCGGCUACAAAUUGUACACUGUCUACGUGUCACUGGUCACGCGUCGCCAGUUACACGCGACUGCAGCCUUCCUGCUGCUGUGUGCUUCUUCGGGCGACAGCGGCGCCUGCCGAGCCCUUUAG